AUGUUCCACGACGACAUAAAAUAUGUGAUAACAGUCGGCCAGUUUUUCGGCAUCCUCCCCAUAACAAACGUGUUGAAUACAAGUGAAAAAAUUUCGUUUUCCUGGUACUCCAAGACGAUCAUUUACUGCUACGUGAUUAUUGCAGGAACUAUUUUCAUGUGCAUAAUGUCCUUUAUUAAGUUGACAGAGGAUAGGUUUAGCAUCCAUGGAUUUGACAGCUUUUUCUUCAAUGUUAAUGGCUUGUUGAUUUGUGUUUUGUUCGUGAAGUUGGCCCACAAGUGGUCCAAAUUUAAUAAAGCUUGGAUGCAACUGGAUGGUGAUUUAAAGAUUUGCACUCACAAAGGAGUACUUACUAAGAAAGUGUAUUUAAUUCUUGUAGUUUCAUUAACUGCAGCAGCAGUUGAGCACAUUUUGGCAAUGAUCCACACAUUCACGGACGUGAGUGAUGGAGCUGAAGAAGUAAUGGGGAAAAUUGAACUGUACUUCAAAGAAGAUUAUGGCUUCAUCUUCACGCGCAUUCCUUAUUCAAUUGUGUUGGGGGUAUUUGUUUUUAUGGCAAGUGCUAUUGUAACCUACGAAAUAUUCCUCUUUCAAUCAAAAAUUGACAUCGACUAG